GUGUCAGGCCAGGUGGUUGAUCCCCGCAUCCCUGGUUCUGCCCGCAGUGACCGCAGCUCCCCAGGAGCCCCCUGCCCGGCCUCCCCAGGCGGCCAGUGGAACCGGCCGGGCUCCUGGGCGCGCCAUGCGCAGCACCACGCUACUGGCCCUGCUGGCGCUGGUCCUGCUCUACUUGGUGUCCGGUGCCCUGGUGUUCCAGGCCCUGGAGCAGCCCCACGAGCAGCAGGCCCAGAGGGAGCUGGGGGAGGUCCGAGAGAAGUUCCUGAGGGCCCAUCCAUGUGUCAGCGACCAGGACCUGGGGCUCUUCAUCAAGGAAGUGGCUGAUGCCCUGGGAGGGGGUGCGAACCCUGACACCAACUCAACCAGUAACGGCAACCACUCAGCCUGGGACCUGGGCAGCGCCUUCUUUUUCUCAGGCACCAUCAUCACCACCAUCGGCUACGGCAACGCGGCCCUGCGCACAGAUGCCGGGCGCCUCUUCUGCAUCUUUUAUGCCCUGGUGGGGAUCCCGCUGUUCGGGAUCCUGCUGGCAGGGGUUGGGGACCGGCUGGGCUCCUCCCUGCGCCACGGCAUCGGUCACAUCGAAGCCAUCUUCCUGAAGUGGCACGUGCCGCCGGAGCUGGUGCGAGUGCUCUCGGCGGUGCUCUUCCUGCUGGUCGGCUGCCUGCUCUUUGUUCUCACGCCCACGUUCGUGUUCUGCUAUGUGGAGGGCUGGAGCAAGCUGGAGGCCAUCUACUUUGUCGUGGUGACGCUCACCACAGUGGGCUUCGGGGACUAUGUGGCCGGAGCCAGCCCCAACCAGAACUCUGCAGCCUACCAGCCGCUGGUGUGGUUCUGGAUCCUGCUGGGCCUGGCCUACUUUGCCUCAGUGCUCACCACCAUCGGGAACUGGCUGCGAGUAGUGUCCCGUCGCACCCGGGCAGAGAUGGGCGGCCUCACGGCGCAGGCCGCCAGCUGGACCGGCACGGUGACGGCGCGGGUGACCCAGCGAGCCAGCCCCGCGGCCCCACCGCCGCCGGAGAAGGAGCGGCCACUGCUGCCUCCACUGCCGUGUCCAGCGCAGCCCGCCGGCAGGCCCCCAUCCCCUGCGCCCCCCGAGAAGGCCGAGCCGCCCUCCCCGCCCACCCCGCCGACGGCCUCGGCGCUGGAUUACCCCAGUGAGAACCUCGCCUUCAUCGACGAGUCCUCGGACACGCAGAGCGAGCGCGGCUGCGCGCUGCCCCGCGCGCCACGGGGUCGCCGCCGCCCCCCCAACCCCCCGAGGAAGCCUGUGCGGCCCCGGGGCCCCGGACGCCCCCGGGACAAAGGCGUGUCCGAUUAGGGGCAGGAUCCCCGGCCGGGCCUCUCAAAGGGCUCCGUUCUUGCUCUCUCCCUGGCAUGCUCUGCUUUUCUUCACCAAAGAGCCCUCUCGAGCGGACCUAAGCCUGGGGAGGAGGCUACGGAUUGCUUGUCUGCCGCUCCCGCUCUGGCCCUCUCCUCACUUCAUCCAUUUCCAGACCCCCAAGGCUUUCUGUCUCGCUGUCCUGGCCGGGCCGGUCCCUCACACCACCUCACGACUGUGCCUCAAAGCCUGCAUCAAUAAACGAAAACAGUCUGCACCGCUGCGGGCGUGCCGGCUCCGGGACGCGUGGGUGUGGGAGUGCUUGCGUUGGGCCGCCUCCGGGGCAAGUCAGGCCUCCCGUGACCCCCAAGCCGAGGCCCCCCUCCU